AGCCCCUUUUGGUGUACAGAAGAGCAAGCUUUCGGUUAGAGGAGAGAGCAGAAGACAAAACACACCCCGUGUCAUCUUUGGUGCUAUAAAAAUACAACAGUGCUCAAGCACAUUCCUUCCCUUUGCAGCCUCUCGAGAGCCCCAAAUCCAUUCCAGUCCCCUAUCUUAACAAUCGACCGUAAGCACUCCACCAAAAGCAUCGAAAAGUAGAUGCGUAGCAUGCAUUCCUCUCUGAAGAAUCACCGGGUUCUUCUUGCUCCAGUCGUCCUACUGAUCGCUAGCCUCUCCCUCCUGCAGCGCCCAGCAUCUGCCGAGAAAAAGUCGUAUGUUGUCUAUCUCGGAGGCCAUUCCCAUGGGAGGGAGGGCGCCGUGCUGGCCUCCAACCAAGAGCGGGCCAAGAACUCACACUACCGGUUCUUGGGCUCUGUCCUCGGAAGCAAGGAGAAGGCGCAAGAUGCCAUCUUCUACUCCUACACCAAGCACAUUAAUGGCUUCGCCGCCACGUUGGAAGAAGAGGAGGCAAUGGAGAUCUCAAAGCACCCGAGCGUCAUCUCAGUUUUCCCCAACAGAGCGCACAAGCUGCACACCACACGCUCAUGGGAGUUCCUUGGGAUGGAGAAAGGUGGCCGGGUAAAACCCAAUUCCAUCUGGGCCAAAGCAAGAUUUGGCCAAGGCGUCAUCAUUGGCAACCUAGACACCGGGGUGUGGCCGGAGGCCGGCAGCUUCGACGACGACGGCAUGGGCCCGGUGCCCGCGCGGUGGCGGGGAGUCUGCCAGAACCAGGUUCGCUGCAACAGGAAACUGAUCGGCGCGCAGUACUUCAACAAGGGCUACCUGGCGACGCUGGCCGGAGAGGCCGCCGCGAGCCCGGCAACGGCGCGUGACACCGACGGGCACGGCACGCACACGUUGUCGACGGCCGCGGGGCGCUUCGUGCCGGGCGCGAACCUGUUCGGGUACGGCAACGGCACGGCCAAGGGCGGCGCGCCGGGCGCGCACGUGGCGGCGUACAAGGUGUGCUGGCACCCCAGGGCAGGCAGCGAGUGCGCGGACGCCGACAUCCUCGCGGCGUUCGACGCGGCCAUCCACGACGGGGUGGACGUGCUCUCGGUGUCCCUCGGCACAAGCCCCGUGGACUACUUCCGCGAGGGCGUGGCCAUCGGCUCGUUCCACGCCGUCAUGAACGGCAUCGCCGUGGUGGCCUCGGCCGGGAACGCCGGGCCGCGCGCCGGCACCGUGUCCAACACCGCGCCCUGGCUCUUCACCGUCGCCGCCAGCACCAUGGACCGCGAGUUCCCGGCGUACGUGGUUUUCGCCAACCACAGCAGGCGGAUCAAAGUCAGUGACGAAUUUUUACAGGGGCAAAGCCUCUCGCCGGACCGUCUUCCUGACAAUAAGCAUUAUCCGCUGAUCAGUUCUGAAGAAGCCAAGGCGACCAACGCGACAGCGCAACAAGCGCGAUUCUGCAUGGAGGGGUCCCUGGACAAGACGAAAGUGGAGGGGAAGAUCGUGGUGUGCAUGCGUGGGAAGGCCCCGCGUGUGGAGAAAGGCCAGUCGGUUCAUCGAGCCGGCGGGGUUGGCCUGGUGCUGGCGAAUGACGAGGCUACGGGGAACGAGAUGAUUGCCGACGCGCACGUGCUCCCGGCCACGCACGUCACCUAUUCUGAUGGAGUCGAAUUGCUCGCCUACAUUGAAGCAACCACGUUUGCAUCAGGCUACAUCACCUCGCCAAACACCGCGCUGGAGACUAAGCCGGCGCCGUUCAUGGCCGCCUUCUCCUCCCAGGGCCCCAACAUCGUCACUCCCCAGAUCCUCAAGCCUGACAUCACCGCGCCAGGGGUCAGCAUCCUCGCCGCUUUCACCGGCCUGGUCGGCCCGACCAGCCUCCCAUUCGACAGCCGCCGCGUCCUCUUCAACUCCGAGUCCGGCACGUCCAUGUCAUGCCCGCACGUCUCCGGCAUCGCGGGACUCCUCAAGGCCCUCCACCCCGACUGGAGCCCCGCCGCGAUCAAGUCCGCCAUCAUGACCACCGCGAGAGUGCAGGACAACACGCGGAAGCCGAUGAGCAACUCGUCGUUCCUCCGGGCGACGCCCUUCGGCUACGGCGCCGGCCACGUGCAGCCCAACCGCGCCGCCGAUCCGGGGCUCGUCUACGACAUGGGCGCCGCCGACUACCUCGGCUUCCUCUGCUCGCUGGGCUACAACUCCUCCGUCAUUGAGACGUUCAUGGGCGACGACCACAGGACUAAUACGCCGCACGCGUGCACGGCGAGGCGGCGGCCAAAGCCGGAGGACCUCAACUACCCGUCCAUCGCGGUGCCCCACCUGUCCCCGUCCGGCAAGCCGCUUGCCGUCUCGAGGAGGGUGCGGAACGUCGGCGCCGGGCCGGCGAGCUACGGCGUGCGGGUCGACGAGCCGCGGGGCGUGUCGGUGUCCGUGCGCCCGGCCCGGCUCGAGUUCGCCGCUGCCGGGGAGGAGAAGGAGUUCGCCGUGACGUUCAGGGCCAGGCAAGGGCUCUACUUGCCGGGGGAGUACGUGUUCGGGCGGAUGGCGUGGUCGGAUGCCGCCGGGCGGCACCAUGUCAGGAGCCCGCUCGUCGUCAGGGUCGGCCGUGGCACUGCUUCAUGAGCUUCGUUACGAUUAUAGACUAGCAUAAGGCCUGGAUGAUAAGAUGUCAAUACGUGUGCCCGAGAAGAGAACCAAUACGUGUUUGUACUCUGUACCUAUCGGCGAUCAAACUCUAGAGGAUUAAUUCUCAAACCAAUUGGGAAAA